UCAAAGUCUAUGCUCCGGACUCUGCACUUUCCACAAAAUCAGGGUUGGAACAGGGGAGCUCGCGCAGACGGCUUCUUGGAAAGGAAGACAAGGAGAAAAGGACGUACCCUCAACAUGUGGCUGUACCUGGCUGUCCUCGUGGGUCUGUACUACCUUGUGCGCUGGUACCGGGAGAGGCAGGUGGUGAGCCACCUCCGAGACAAGUACAUCUUCAUCACGGGCUGUGACUCGGGCUUUGGGAACCUGCUGGCCAGACAGCUGGACAUGCGCGGCUUGAGGGUGCUGGCUGCGUGUCUGACGGAGAAGGGGGCCGAGGAGCUGAGUGCCCAGACGUCAGACAGGCUGGAGACGGUGAUUCUGGAUGUCACCAAGACCGAGAGCAUCACUGCAGCCACCCAGUGGGUGAAGGAACAUGUGGGAGACAGAGGACUUUGGGGCCUGGUCAACAAUGCAGGCAUUAUUGCCCCAGUUACAUACUGCGAGUGGCAGAAAAUUGAGGACUCUGUGAAUACCCUCAAAGUGAACCUCAUUGGGGUGAUCCAGGUGACCUUGAGCAUGCUCCCCUUGGUGAGGAGAGCUCGGGGGAGGAUUGUCAAUGUCUCCAGCUUUCUGGGAAGACUUGCCUCCACUGCUGGAAUCUACUGUUGCUCCAAGUAUGGGGUAGAAGCCUUUUCGGAUAUUCUGAGGCGUGAACUUCGACAUUUUGGUGUGAAAAUCAGCAUAAUUGAACCUGGUUACUUCAAAACGGGAAUGACAGAGGUGAAGAAGUCCUUAGGGAAAGUGAAGCAAGCCUGGGAAGAAGCCCCUGUGCAUAUUAAGGAGUCCUAUGGACAGCAGUUUUUUGAUGCCUUUUACAAUGGCGUCAAACAAGGGCUGUUGGGAUGUAGCACAAACCUGAACCACGUUACUGACUGCAUGGAACAUGCUCUGACAUCUGUGCAUCCUCGUACUCGAUAUUCAGCUGGAUGGGAUGCUCAAUUUUACUUCAUCCCUCUAUCUUAUUUACCUACAUCACUGGCAGACUACAUAUUAACUCGAUCUUGGCCCAAACCAGCCCAGGUAGCAUAAAAAAACUGGUUUGGUGGCUCUUGGAAUGAAGAUAAAAGUCUGGCAUUAGUGUCUCAGGCAUCCUUAUUUAGAACCCAAAAUUUCUGUCACAAUAAGCUUUCUUGCCUAAACUCAUUUAUCUGACAUUACUUCUGAGAACCCUUUCCCGACUGCACUUCUCUUCCUUAGUCUGACGAGUUGCUUCCCUGGUCUCAGCACGUCAGGAUGUCUGUCUACCCUAGUACUUAUCGCACUGUCAUCAAAGUGUUGGGUAACUUAGCUAUCUUUUCCACUGGAUUGUAAAAUUUUGACGACUUCAGAUUCCCCUGGGGCCCUCCAGUAUUUGGCACAUGAAGAUUUGUUGAGUAAAUGAAUAAAAACACUACCUCUGGUUCA